UUCGUGGUCAGGCUGCGCUGCUAGGAGAUCUUCACUCCACAGCUGGAUUACACUUACUCUCAUCUGCAACAUCCUUCAGGUCCGUCAUCACAGCACCAAUGGACGCUCUCACAUUCUGAGUGACAGAUUAUCUGUGUGUAGUGAGCGACCCCUGGCAUGAGCACGUGCGGGACGAAGGCUCUGACCCUGCUCAGCAGUGUGUUUGCGGUAUGCAGUCUGGGGCUGCUGGGUAUCUCUGUCAGCACUGACUACUGGCUCUACCUGGAGGAGGGCGUCAUCCUGCCUCUCAACCAGAGCGCUGACAUACACAUGUCCAUCCACUCCGGCCUCUGGAGAGUCUGUUUUCUGGCAGGUGAGGAGAGGGGUCGCUGCUUCACCAUUGAGUAUGUGAUGCCCAUGAGCGUCCAGCUGACCAGUGAGUCUACUGUCAGUGUCCUGAAGAUGAUUCGUUCGGCCACACCAUUCCCCCUGGUCAGUUUGUUCUUUAUGUUCAUUGGUUUUGUGCUCAACAAUAUCGGACACAUUCGGCCACAUCACACCAUACUGGCGUUUGUCUCUGGAAUCUUCUUCAUCCUGUCAGGUCUGUCUCUGGUGGUUGGUUUGGUGCUCUACAUCUCCAGCAUAAACGACGAGAUGUUCAGCAGGACCAAGAGUAAUGAGGCAUAUUUCAGCUAUAAGUACGGCUGGUCGUUUGCGUUUGCUGCCAUUUCCUUCCUGCUCACUGAGAGUGCAGGUGUGAUGUCAGUCUACCUGUUCAUGAAGCGUUACACAGCGGAGGAAAUCUACCAGCCCCACCGCAGCUUCUACCGGCCGCGCCUGAGUAACUGCUCCGAUCACUCGGGUCAGUUCCUUCACCCCGACGCCUGGCCGCGGGGACGCAGCCCGUCAGACAUCUCCAGCGACACCUCGUUUCAGAUGAACGCCAGCUACCCUGCCCUGCUCAAGUGCCCCGACUACGAGCGGGUGUCGUCCUCUCCCUGCUGAAGCUCAGAGUCCGUCAGAACUGGCUUUUAAACACAUUGCCUCGUGUAAGGGACCAGACUGAUAGAAGGUAUGAUAGUCAUUUUCCUGUUCUGUAGUGAGCUUGUACUGAUGACUUUGUUCCAGCAGAUGGCAGUAUAGUAUUCUUCUCUGGAGUGACUCACACACUGCUAAAAUGAAUAAUCAUGCCAUGUAAAUAUUUAUGGUGCUUAUACAAUUAUGAAUUGUAGCCAUUAUGGAUCACUAGCCUUCAAAUAGAUCAAUAUGUUUUCAAGAACAGCCUACAUUUAUUUGUAUGGUGUAUUAUAUUAUGUAUGUGAUGCGAUAUAAUAUCUAUUCAUAUCAAAUUGUAUUCUUAUAGAGGUUAUUCUGAUAAAAUUGUUAGUAAAUGAGUGCAGAAAUU